AUGCAAUUGAACCAUCCGAGACUCGAAGGGAAUGAGACGGAUAGGCUGGCAUUGCUAGCAAUCAAAGCUCAAAUACAACACGAUCCGAACCGGGUCACAAGCUCAUGGAAUGAAACCCUUCACUUCUGCCUGUGGCACGGCAUCACCUGCAGUCGACGACAUCGCCAAAGGGUGACGAAGCUGGAGCUGGGGUCUCUAGCUUUGGUGGGAUCCAUAUCUCCACACAUAGGAAAUCUAAGCUUCUUAAGAGUGCUAGAUCUCGAAAACAAUAGCUUCACUCAUCAAAUCCCUCCUCAAAUUGGGCAUUUGCAUAGAUUGCAGGUAUUGCUUCUACUCAAUAACUCAUUUACUGGCACCAUUCCUGCCAAUAUAUCCAAUUGCUUUGAACUCAUCACUCUCACUCUUGCCAAUAACAAUCUAGUGGGUCAAAUUCCUCCCCAAAUUAGUUCCUUAUCAAAGCUUUGGACUUUUCUUUUGCAAUUGAACAAUUUAACAGGAGAGAUCCCUCCUUCUUUGGGGAACCUUUCUUCUCUCGAGAGAUUUGUUGUAGCUCACAAUAACUUAGAAGGAAGCAUCCCUAGUUCUCUAUGCCAGUUGAAAAGAUUAAUAGGUAUCUAUUUCUCCAAAAAUAUGCUAUCUGGUAUCAUCCCUUCCUGCAUUUACAACCUCUCUGGUAUAGUUAUUUUCAAUGUAGGAGCAAACCAAAUUCAAGGAAGUCUUCCAUCAAACUUGAGCAAUGCUCUUCCCAACCUUCAAAUCUUUACCGUUGCCGAAAAUCAAUUUACUGGGGCCAUCCCCUCCUCAAUAUCCAAGGCAACAAAUCUUGUAUCGUUUCAAUGUGUGACAAACAAACUCUCUGGACAGGUUCCAAGUUUACGAAAUCUUCAUAACCUUAUGAGAUUCCGUGUCUCUUAUAAUAAUCUUGGUAGCGGUAAACAUGGUGACUUGAGUUUUGUCUCAGAAUUGAUCAAUGCCACACAGCUAACUGCAUUGGACUUCAGCCAAAACAAUUUUGGAGGCACGUUGCCCGCAUCAAUAUCCAAUCUCUCAAUCAGUCUCGAAGAACUUAUGCUUUCAGAAAACCACCUACAUGGAAGCAUCCCAAUUGGAUUAGGGAAUCUUGUCAACCUGCAAUACCUCGAAAUGGGAGGAAACUCCUUCACAGGUAGCAUCCCCACACAUAUUGGGCAGCUUUCAGGGCUUGGGUUGUUGAAUCUUAGCAACAACCAAUUAUCAGGGAGCAUUCCAUCUUCUCUUGGAAAUUUAACAUUCUUAACGCUUCUCCAAUUGCAGGAAAAUAAUCUAGAGAGUAGCAUCCCGUCUAGCCUAGGGAAAUGCCACCGGUUAAUCGAAUUGUUUCUUUCUGGAAACAAUCUGAAUGGCACGAUACCGCCCCAAGUUAUUGGCCUCUCAUCUUUAUCAAAAACUUUGGGAUUGGAUAGAAACCAAUUGACUGGUUCCCUUCCCAUGGAGAUUGGAAAUUUAAAGAAUCUAGGUAGACUAGACGUUUCUAACAACUUGUUAUCAGGAGAACUUCCCAGUAGCCUCGGCAGUUGCCAGAGCUUAGAAGUCCUAUCCUUGGAAGAUAUUCCACAAUUUCUUGAGAAUCUGAAUUUGGAGUACCUGAACCUCUCUUUCAACCAGUUUUGGGGAGCAGUACCAACUGGCAAUGUUUUUAAGAAUGCAAGUGCGACUUCAGUUGCUGGAAAUGCUAGACUCUGUGGAGGUAUUGCUAGUCUUCGACUUCCUCUGUGCAAGCUUAAUGAGUCUAAAGGAGAAGGGUUGUCCCGUAGAAUGAAAGUAAUGAUCUCUUUAGUCUCCGGGUUCACUCUUUUGGGACUGGUUGUGGUGCUGUCUCUUUUUGUUCUUGGUAAGAAAAGGAAAGAAACUAAUUUAAGCACCUUGGGGAACUCUGUUUUGCAAGUUUCAUAUGCUACACUCCUCAGAGCUACCGAUGGUUUUUCUUCAGCUAAUUUGAUCGGUGUGGGUGCUUUUGGGUCUGUGUACAAAGGAAUCCUUGCUGAUGGGGCAGUUAUCGCUGUGAAGGUGCUCAACAUGUUACACCAGGGGGCAUCUAAGAGUUUCAUGGCCGAAUGUGAGGCGUUGAGAAAUAUCAGACAUCGAAAUCUGGUCAAGAUCUUAACUGCAUGUUCAAGUAUCGAUUUCAGCGGCAAUGAUUUCAAGGCCCUUGUUUAUGAGUUCAUGGACAACGGGAGCUUGGAAGAGUGGUUGCAUCCAUCUAUUGGAACUGGAGAGGUAACAGAAGCACCCAAAAUUUUAAGUCUUAUUCAGAGGCUCAACAUUGCCAUUGAUGUUGCUAGUGCAUUGGAUUAUCUUCACAACCAUUGUGAGACACCGAUCGUUCAUUGUGAUCUCAAGCCAAGUAAUGUUCUUCUGGAUGGUGACAUGACUGGACAUGUUUCUGACUUUGGGCUGUCAAAGUUUCUCUCAGAACCAACCACUAAUGUUUCUGGAAAUCAAUCAAGCUCCAUUGGAAUUAGAGGAUCAGUUGGUUAUGCUGCACCAGAGUAUGGUAUGGGAAGUGAGGUAUCCACAUACGGGGAUAUCUACAGCUUUGGCAUUCUCUUGUUAGAAAUGUUUACGGGGAAGCAACCCACUGAUCACAUGUUAUGUGAUAGCUUGAAUCUUCAUAAUUAUGUAAAGACAGCUCUCCCUGAACUGGUUUCAGAGAUUUCAGAAUCACUAGUUCUUCAAGAAGGCACCACCAAUGUCGCUGAAGCUCACAGGCACAGCCGAUUGAGUGUGAGAGCACAGAAAAUUGAAGAGUGCUUGACUCUGAUACUUGGUAUAGGAAUUGCAUGUUCUGUUGAAUCCCCCACAAACAGGAAGGAUAUAAGUGAUGCUGCAUCUGAAUUGCAAUCCAUUAGGCGCAAUCUUCUCAACUAGAACCUUUCAAAUUAUUAUGUUUUGUGAUGUCUAAUAAAUUGUUGUAUGGUUCUUGUAUUCUGAUCUGUUUUGUUUUUGAAUUCUCUGAAAUCCUGUUGCUACCAUAGUGGUUCUUGAAAUUUGCAUGUUAAUGUACUAAAAUGAAUAAAGAAGAGUACUAAUGCUUAUUGUAAAUAUGUAUCCUAAAUCGAAACACGUACAUGAUCCCAUUCGGAUCAAUGAAUCAAGCUAGAGCUGUCAUGAGGUUGAUCAGUUGUAUUGCAACAUCCUGACCUUCAUUCAGCUGUGUUGUGAUUUAGCAUGUAUUUUUACCAAUUGAGCAUGAAAUUGAUAUUGAGCAUGUCUUUUGUGCUGUGUGUGAUUUCAAUGUUUCUACUAUAGUUGCUG